UUGAGUGUUCCGUCCGCGUGUUCCCCUCCCCCUCCCCCUCCUCUCCUCUCCUCUCCUCUCCUCUCCUACAAAAUGAAAACAAAAUACGCCAAAUGAAAAGAAAAGAGACCGAGGCCGUAAUACGUCCAUCCAUCCAUCCAUCCAUUGAGCACUAUUUAUCGAGUGAGACGGACGCAGCCAGCCAGGAAGCUCUCUCUCUCUCUCUUUCUCUGUCUGUCUCUGUCUGUCUCUGUCUGUCUCUGUCUGUCUCUGUCUGUUACGGUCUGUGUGUAUCUGCGCAUCUGCACACAUACACGCAGACCGUAACAAGCAGCUAGCCUACACAUUGAACUUCUUGUUCUUCUCGUUGAACUCCUUGAUGUUCGCCAGGUACUCGUUGCGGCCGGCGAGCUUAGUCACCAGGGUUUCUCGUUCUGGGAAUGCCGCCUCGGCGAAGCAGAAAUCCUGGUACCGGUCGACACCCUCCUUGUUGGUGUAGGCGGCUUGCUUGCGUGUCUCGUUGGGAUCGCCGCACUGUCCCUUCCGUCCGAAGGCGCCCCUCUCACUGUAGCAGUCACCUUGCCAGAUGCCGUAGCCUCGGAAAAUGUUUGUUGGCUUGAGGACCUUGUUGAGCGCGCAGACCUUGUCAAUCUCGCCGCACUUGUAGGGUUCUCAAUCAAAGACCGCCCUCCUGGUAACGGUCGAGCUGCUCCUGCAGCUGGACGAGGCUCAGGGACAGUCCGGCAGACGUCCCAGCUGCAUUGCAACAGUGAAACAGCCCGAGAGUGAUUGCAUUGCAUGCGCAGGCAUCAUUGACGGACUGUCACUUACUUUGCUCAUGGGCGCACUUGGCGGCGACGAGGAGCUCUACGAGGAUGGUCAGUGCGACCAGAAGGAACGACUUGUGCGCCGCCAUCCUCUUGAAGACGCCGAAAUU